AUGGGCAACAGUGGUAACAUAGAAUACAGCUGUCCCGCCACAAACGAGUGCGAGAUCACGAAACGAAGACGCAAAUCAUGUCAGGCCUGUCGCUUCAUGAAAUGCCUCAAAGUGGGGAUGCUCAAAGAAGGGGUUCGUCUGGACCGUGUGCGAGGAGGCAGACAGAAGUACAAGCGGAGGUUGGACACAGAAAACAACCCGUACUUGGGCCUGACGCUCCCCCCUCCCACCAAAAAGCCUCUCACAAAGAUAGUGUCUCACCUGUUGGUGGCGGAGCCGGAGAAGAUCUAUGCCAUGCCUGACCCCACCAUGCCCGAGAGCGACAUCAAGGCUCUGACCACGCUGUGCGACCUGGCUGACCGUGAGCUGGUGGUCAUCAUCGGCUGGGCUAAACACAUCCCAG